ACGUCUUGAACGCAGCAUCAUCGAGUCCGUUCGAACCCCUAAGGUGGCAGCAGCCAGCGGUGAGCGCACACAAAAGCCAAACAAACAGCCGGAGACAUUCUACUCGCACCGCGGCGUCGUCUCAUCCUCGCGGGAGGACUCCUUGUGCCCUCCAGUUGGCGAGAAAAGCCCGGCCGGGCUCCGGAGAAACUUUCUCUACUCACGCCGCCGACCACCCGGGGAAUAUACACGCUUCUACGGGCGGAAGACCGGGCUUUGGGGCGAGACUGGCGGCCCGUGUGAGCGCACCUCGCCGCUUGAGGGUUCAGUUAGCAGGCUAGGUAAGGCUAGCUGGGAGCUAGCACAUGCUAACGCUAACGUAAGGUGCAGAUACUGGCGCGACACCAGGAAGUCAUCAGAAUAGUGUUCUGUGCGGGAAAGCUUAUCCUCAAAGAAAAUUAGUUUGGACACAUUUUCAGCGUCAUCCUCCAAGAGAAUAAGAUUGACCAAGUGCUCCACAUAUGGCAGCCUUGUUCUUGGUUUCUGACCUGACCUACCUAUGAAACCAGACUCCUCCUCCUUCACCCAGACACCCGCACCUAGUUCAAUGGGCGUGUUUCCCAAUGUGAAAAGAAGACAGACAUCACGAUAAUGCAUCAGCCGGCACGCUUUCUGUUUCACUAACCACAAAUGAACAUGACAGCAAUGUAACACCGGUCCUAUUUCCUUCAUUGUCAUGUGACUUUGAAUCGCUUUCCUCCAAACUCUCGCCAGUCUUUUCAGCCCGUGGAUGAGGUGAGCGGCGGCACCUCCAUUGCCUCCAAAAGACUGUCCCCGGGACUCGUUUUCUUUUCUGCGUGUAUUCCCACAGAUUGUAAAAUGACUGGGUAAACGUGGAGCGGACGCCGAAACCUACUGGCCCACGGUGUGGCAGGAUAACGCCUGCUUCUCCCCUCGCUCCACCAACUAAACUGAUCAGUACACCUCUUAAAAAUACAGUUUCUGUCUCGCGCCUGGCAACAGAGGAAAUGACCCCACUAGAUCAGUGAAGAGAACGGGACUAUAAGCGGAAGCUCUCGGGACAAGAUUCACCCAGGGGUUCUUGUGACUUCUGGAAAGCCAUCUGCUUCCUGGCCAGUUUUCUAGAUCACAGUUCCCCGUCCUCCCGGUGCGCCACCCUGGACGAAGGGAUCUGCCUGCGGGGGAAUAGGGGUCCUCCUCCUGUCCUGGCAGAAGUUUAGAGACGCUAGUCCCUGUGCCGCUCCCUGUCUGUCAGCGCCGACGGGCCUUAGGAACCAAGCCCAGACGGACUGAGGGAGGAGGCCGAGGACUUCAGAGCCACCGACUCUGGGAUCCUGGCCAUGAGGUUUGAUGCCUCGAUCCACUGACCAGAAACACUGGACCUAAAUGGCGCAGCAUGACUUUGUCCCUGCCUGGCUUAACUUCUCCACGCCCCAGCCUGCCAAGUCCCAUGCAGCCGCCCUUGAUAGACAAGGUGAAGCUCACCUCCACAGAGAGGGCAGAAACACUGUGAGCCGCCGGCGCCACAACUCCUCUGAUGGCUUCUUCAACAAUGGCUCCCUGCGUGCUCCAACAGGUGACGGGUGGCAGCAGCCCUCAUUGCUUUUGAGACACGACUCUGUGGACUCGGGGGUGGCCAAAGGAGGGCACAGUGGGCUGGCAGGGGGGUCUUGCUGGAAGGACACACCCAGCUGGCAUGGAAGUCUGCGGGGGGCCCAGGACAGCCACCACCACCAGGGGCGCCACACCAAGCGGGGAGGGGGCGACAGGGACAGGCAGGGAGGGCACCGGCAGCGCAAUGGUAACUACCAUCCCCGCAAGGGCACCUCGUACCAGGACAAGUUUCCAAAUGAAGAACGCAAAGACAGCAAGGACGACAAGCUGAAGUUUGUGGAAGAGGACUUUCCUUCCCUCAACCCUGAAACAACUGGAAAGCCUGCAAGUCAGAUGAGAGCAGUUGCCCCCCGGGCUGGAGUGUGGGAAAAUCCCCCGAGUGGCAAGCAGAUGGUGUCCAAAAUGUUAGUCAUCAAGAAGGUUUCAAAGGAGGACCCCGGCACCGCCUUCUCCGCGGGCUUCGCCAGUGCCGGCGCCUUGUCUGCCAACGGCGCUAAGGCUCCCAUCAUCGGCUCCAGCGUCUACAAGAACCUGGUCCCAAAGCCUGCUGUGGCCCCCACCAAAAGCAACCAGUGGAAAAGUGGCGGUCGAGAGAUUGCAAAGUCCAGCCGGGAUUCCGUCUUCACCAACCCCUCAGCUACCAAACCCAGCACCCCGGCCAGUGCCCCACCCCACAACACCCCUAAAGAGCACCCUUCCAGCACCACUCCUCCCAUCGACAUUGCCCCGUCCAGGCCGCGUCGUCUGCCUCUCGCUCUCCAUCUCGCUCUCUUACGGGUUGCAUGCGCUUUGUCUCGUUCCGUCGUCGUUUCUCCACCUCUCUCUCUUGGAAAAUGACCACAUUUCAAUGUUAA